AUGGUAACUUUACAUCUUAGAGCAGAGACCAAGCCUUUGGAGGCCAGAGCCGCCUUGACCCCAACCACCACCAAGCAGUUGUUGGAUGCAGGUUACGAAGUCUACGUUGAGGAAAGCGAGCAAUCCAUCUUCAAGGCCGAAGAGUACGCUGCCGUGGGCGCCACGAUUGUGCCUGCCGGCUCCUGGAAGACCGCCCCCGCCGACAGGCUUAUUAUCGGCUUGAAGGAAUUGCCUGAAAACGAGACCUUCCCCCUUGUUCAUGAACACAUUCAGUUCGCCCACUGCUACAAGGACCAGGCAGGCUGGCAAGAGGUGUUGCAGAGAUUCCCUGCCGGUAAGGGAACCUUGUACGACUUGGAGUUCUUGGAAAACGAGCAAGGCAGAAGAGUGGCUGCGUUCGGGUUCUAUGCCGGUUUCGCCGGAGCUGCAAUUGGCGUCUUGGACUGGGCCUUCAAGCAAACACACAGCGACUCCGAAGACUUGCCUGCCGUGUCGCCUUACCCCAAUGAAUCUGCUUUGGUGGCCCACGUCAAAAAGGAGUUGGACGCGGCGUUGCAGAAGAACGGAGGCCAGCAGCCAACGUGCUUGGUGAUUGGGGCUUUGGGAAGAUGUGGCUCGGGCGCCCUUGAUCUUUUCCGCAAGAUCGGCAUCCCAGAGGAGAACUUGUUGAAGUGGGACAUGAAGGAGACCGCCAAGGGCGGCCCCUUCGAGGAGAUUGUGCAGUCGGAUAUCUUCAUCAACUGUAUCUACUUGUCCACGCCAAUUCCUCCUUUCAUCGACUUUGCGUCCUUGAACAAGCCCGACAGAAAGUUGAGGUCGAUUGUCGAUGUUUCUGCGGACACGACGAAUCCACACAACCCUAUUCCCGUGUACACAAUCGCCACUGUUUUCAACGACCCCACGGUGCCAGUGGAGACCUCUGCAGGCCCCAAGUUGUCCGUCUGCUCCAUCGACCAUUUGCCUUCCUUGUUGCCAAGAGAAGCCUCGGAGUUCUUUUCAAAGGACUUGAUGCCAUCUUUGUUGCAAUUGAAGGACAGGCAAACUGCACCCGUCUGGGCCAGGGCCAAGGAGUUGUUCGACCAUCACGUCGCCAGAUUGCCUGCCGCGGAUGGCCACCUUUAA